CGGACUUGUUUACUGGUGGCACACUAGGAACAGCUGCUUUGAUUCGGCUAGGCUAGAAGCUAGUUACAGUCAACUGACUGACUAACUUAAGUGAAUUUUGUUUUUUAUAAUAUUCCUCCAGCUCCUAUAUUUCCCAGGUUGAUCAAGGCCUGUUGCCAUGGAGCCCGCCUGCCGUAAGGACAAGCCGAAGCUGAACUCGACCCCGACCAGAGGAGACCGAGCCAGGCAGAAGUCUGCACAGCAAGAGCUCAAACAGAGACAGAGAGCCGAGAUCUAUGCCUUGAACAAGGUGAUGACAGAGUUGGAGCAGCAGCAGUUCGAGGCCUUCUGUAAACAGAUGCAGUCACAGGGAGAAUAGAUUGUCCUGCCUGCUCUGUCUUUGUCCUUCACCUGGACAAGGUCACCUGAAACCAUCCGAAAACACAACAUACACUGUUGCAUACACACUUGAGUCGUUUUCAGACAUGAACUCCAAAGAGAAUGUCCGGAUGAGGGGGUCUAGACCUUCUCCGGAGUUUUCCUUUCACAUAUGAAGAGUGCAGCAGGAGAUUCUCCGCUCAGACAUGUUCUCAACAACACAUACAUCUCUGCAGUGUUCAGGUGAAGGGUGGCACUGCAUUCCGAGGCUGGAUGCAACAUAUUGAUGGCUCUUUGGAAAUCACAUAUUUUAGUUUACUGCAUAUCCACACCGGCUUCAGCCCUAAUCACCAAAGGCUCUCUUGACUUCUUAAUCAGUGUGGCACCACUUUUUUAUUCUGAGAUAUUUAUAAAUAUACUUUUUUGAAACCCAGGAGAAAGUUCCAUUCGGACAUUUGUCAUUAACCGGAGUUCAGUGCAUGUCUGAAAGUUGCUUUACAUUUCCAUGCUGAUAUUCGGUUAGAUUUAAUGCUGUUUGUACUUCCCGGGAAGUGUUCAAAACAAUCCUCUUUGUCCCUGAUGUGUUUGUGACCCGAGUCCAUAAUAAGAGCAGAAAGCAGAGUUUCAUAUUUCCUACAGACACGUCAAGUCACUGACAUUUCAGUUCCUUCAAUAUCAACCUUUGUAGCAUUGAGGCAAUGUAACUCAGGCAACAGAGUUUUUGUACCUUUUUUUUUUCUUUCCACUAGUGUCCACAUUCACAUUUAAAUGUUAUAUAGGUCAAAUGCUCAUAUUAACUUGAAUUGAAAUCACUCAAGACACCACAGUGUUGAUAACAAAGGAAUGGGACAGUUAAAGGUUAAUACUUUGUAGAUAAGAUCUAUUUUGAGUACUUGGUUAAUGUUACAUUUCAUGAGUUUGCUCAACUUGAGCAUCCAACUCAAGUCCUUGUCAUCCAUUUGAAUGAGUUUUGUCCCUUUGUCUCUGUUUAUAAGUUAUUACCACAAUCAGUGUUUGAAAGUUUUAGUCUGUGACCUUUACCUCUGAGGCUCAGUCUGUGACUACAUUGCUCACAGCAUUACAUCUAAAUUAUUUGUAUGUGUUUUUGUUGCUCUUUUGACGUACUAGACUUUUUAACAUGGGCCGUGAUAAAUAAACAUAUUGCACUAAACUGAAAAAACUGGCAGCCAGCCACAGCUAGUGUUGAAAGACUGCAUUUCACAGCCAGGGGUUGUAAGAAUGAGUGGCUGAACUUAAGCUAAUUUACUGAUUCAUAAGCAUGUAGCUUUAAACUAAACAGUGCCCUUUAUUUGCCGAGGAGUUUUUUUUAAAUUUCUGUUUUUAUUUGAUAGUGUCUACAUGUUGCAUAUAUGUUGAAUCUAAGCGUAUUGAGACAUUUAAAUAUAAUUUGAAUUGUCAUCCAA